UUGUGGUCAUGGUUUUUUAUGAGUGUUCUGUUUUGUGCUGAUUUCAAAACACUGUGUUCUUUUGUGAGGUGUUAUAUCACAAACACAGUUGCUCAUCAGUACAUGUUGUUGUUGACAUGUGAAGAUAUUCUUUAUGAUUAUCAUUUAUUGUCAGACAUUCAGCCGUUUGUUGCUGAUCUGUCAUUGUUAUAAAGGAUUGACAUUAGUUUCUAAUGAUUUUAGCCCUAAGGCGGGUCUUCUGAAGAAAUGUGCUUAACUUUACAACCAGUACAAAACCACAUCUCUCAACUUUACAACACACUGAUGUUUAGUUGACACACAGCUUUUGUGAAACGCGAUAUUUUUAGUACUUACACUUCAAAGUUCAGACAGUGUUAACUGCUCAGCCAAAAACCUAUGUUGUUUUCUCCAGUGUAGGUACAAAGAAACUAAAGAGAAACUAAAUAGGUGUAUGAUCAUCUGUAUCUGUAAUCUCUAACUGAUUGUGAUAGGCAUUUACUGUGAUUUAACAGUAUGACAGUGGCCAAAUAUCCUCUUAUGUAAUGUCUAUAUGUAGGAAACACUGCUGCCCUUUGAUCCAUCUUGAAGAAAAUCAAGAUCGUAGCCACAUCCAGACACCCAGUUGGAAAGUAUGAUCUAACAUAACAUGGCAGUAGUAGUAGUGAUAGCAGGUUCCUAUGCUGUGUUUUGAUUGUUAGUGGUGGCACAUGUGGGACAUUAAGAUCGGGGACUGGAUUGAAUCUUAAGUCUACUACAUAUUAAGACACAGUGUACAAGAGAUUUAGUUGAUGGAAAAAAAAUUACCAGACGAUUCAGCUGUUACAAGUUUAAAAGUUCAACAACAAACGCACACAUACAGAAUCGUCCCACGCCCAUUGUAAUGCACCAAGGCAGCUGCUCCUCCAUGUGGAAAUGUCAGAAGGGCUCUGAAGGACGGAGUGACACAACUCCCACUCAUACCGCACAGGAUCUCUCCUCUGUUGUAAUCUGUUCAGCCUGGAACCACAAGUGGUUGAUCACAGGCUCACACCACCUUCAGAGCCACCUACACAGGUUCUCUGCCUUCAUACAUUUGCGCUGAAGACAUCCUGCACUUUAGUCCCUUGCUGGACUGGUGCUAUAACAAUUAAAAUUAAAUUUGCUGAGACCUGCACAAUCUGACUUCUGUGUCUGUCACCUUGCGAGAGUGGAAAAUUCAACCACUUCCUGUGCUGUGUGUGUAUAGACCUCAUCGUAUCAUCUUGAGACUUUUUAAUAUAAACUACAGUCUGACAAUCAGAAGUCACUGUAUCAUAUCAUAACAGUCUGAUGAAUAGCUUUAUUUAAAUGUAUCCGUUAUCCCUUCAGAUAAGUACAGCGUGCUGUGUUGAAAGCAAUAGUGGGCACAGUUACAAAGUGUACUCACAGUGACCUAGGUGUUGUUACACUUGAGAAAGAAAUAAUUGCAACAUACACCCACUCACCGUCAGUACAUUGGGUCAGUCAUGCCGUCAUUGUGCUGUUGUGUUCUGCAGAUGUUAGAAAUCAUUAACGUCUCUCUGAGGUUCACAUAGAGAUUGCUUUCAACCCUUUUUUUUGUAUUUUGUCCAUGAGAUUAUGAAUCAGUCGGAUGUGACCCUGUGCACACUGUACAGUAUCUCCCUCUCGCUCUCUCUCACCGGCACAUGACUUGUAAUACUCUAUUUGGCCUGAUGACGUAUGUGCUCCCCCCACCCCCCUCCGGGUCUGAGCUUUAUUCAGAAGCAGCGAGCGGUGAGAAAUCAGAUGUCUGUGUUUACAAGGAGACACAUUUGUCAGUCUCCUGUUGCAGUGACAUUUUAGCCUAGCCAGGAAGCAGAAAUACGCUGAGUAACGUACAGUCCAGUGUUUGUUAGUGGCAGUGGUGUCUGAAAGGAGGAGUUGAAGAGAUUUUAUUGCAGUGCAGGUGGGGCAUAGUUGUGGACGGAGAUGGAGACUAUAGUGUGUCCGAUGGGUGGAGGGGCCACCAGGCUGUACAGCGCUCUGGCACAGACCCUCAACGGCAGCUCUCCCCUCCCCCUUUCUCCGUCUACCCUGGAGUGUCAUCAGCCUGCAGACACAAUUCUGGAUCCAGACUUCUGCCAGGCACUGAAGGGCUCCCCUGUGUGUCCUCCCGAUCCAGCACAGCUGCUUCGACAGUGUGAUGAGGCCCUCAAGGAGAGGCCGCCCCGCUUCCCCAGGAAAUUCAUUCACCUGAGCGACGGCGACCGCAACCCCAUCAGAGUGAUGCAGUGGAAUAUACUGGCCCAAGCUCUGGGUGAGGGACUUGACAGUUUUGUCCAUUGUCCCCUGGAGGCUCUCAGCUGGUCCCGCAGGAAGUACCUCAUUCUAGAGGAGAUCCUCACCUACCGACCUCAUAUCCUGUGUCUGCAGGAGGUCGAUCACUAUUACGACACCCUCCACCCGGUCCUCGUAAACCUGGGCUACAGCAGCAACUUCUUCCCUAAACCGUGGUCCCCGUGUUUGGAUGUGGAGGGCAACAACGGGCCCGACGGCUGCGCACUUUUCUUCGAUCAGUCGCGCUUCGAGCUCCUGGACAGCGCGAACAUACAACUCUCCGCCAUGAGGGUUCCAACCAAUCAGGUUGCUGUGGUGAUGGUGCUCCGCUGCUGCAGCACGGAGCGGUUCCUGUGCGUGGCCGUGACCCACCUGAAGGCUCGGUCCGGCUGGGAGUGGCUCCGCAGUGCCCAGGGCUCUGACCUGCUGCGACACCUGCAGACUCUGGUCCAGAAACACUGCGGUGGAUCCACGGGGGAGACCAGCUCUGACAUUCCUCUGCUAAUAUGUGGCGAUUUCAACGCUGUCCCGGCUGAGGAGGUCCACCGCCGAUUUAUGACGUCGCCUCUCGGUUUGGACUCAGCCUAUAAGAAGCUGAGCCAAGACGGUCUGACUGAACCAGAGUACACAACAUGGAAGAUCCGUCCCACAGGGGAAUGCUGUACUACUCUUGACUACAUUUGGUACAGCAAGGACACACUGAGAGUGGACGCGGUGCUGGAAAUGCCCACAGAGGAACAGAUUGGACCCAAUAGGCUUCCGUCCUUCAGCUAUCCUUCUGACCAUCUCUCUCUGGUUUGUGAUUUUAGCUUUAAGGCAAAGGAGUGAAAAGGAAGUAAUGUGAGGACACGGAAAGAAACAGUGGUGUGAGGAGCCAAGUGUUACAGACGGCUCCCGACGGGCUUCACUUCAGAAGCAGGUGUGUGGAUGCCACGAGUGAGUUGAAACGUUCGUCAGGAGGCAGUGGAACAGCAGAAAUGUGUAAUUAUUAACUGAUGAUGUAGAAGUUGCAGCGUUGCACACUGCAACAGUGUGGUCCACUUCCAUGAACCUAAACCUCAAGGUUUCCCUGAACUCAAUGUAUAAAAUUGCAACUGCACUAAAUGUACCACAAAGCCAACAAAUUGCAGUGAGAAUAAAGUAUUUGAUGUUUAUGUGA